CGAAUUAUUCUGUGAAAGACCGCCAAAUUUUGGAAAAGGAACGUAUGAUAAAAAGGCAAGCACGUGCACUAUAGAGUACAAUUUCUACACGGACAACGUACUGGAUGCUACCGAUUUUUGCGAAGCGCAGCAUCCGUACAGCCUCAAGGAUAAAAAUCGAAAAGGCCAAAAAACUAUAUGCGUUAUAAGUAGGUUUUCCAAUUCAAGUUGCACCAUCCGGCUAAGAUCGGACGCUACUCUUUUUCGUGUGAAAAUAGUCUGUUGCCUUCAAUCCCUCCAAUUUUGA